AUGGCCACCUUUGUCGACGCUGUGCUCCAGCCCGCGCUGGCGGCCGUCGUCUUUGGCUAUCAAGAUGGCGUCUACGCAGACGUCGCGGCUCGAUUCCGCGACUUCCACCUCCUCGUCGACUUUGAACCGACGCAGGGCCAGUACGAGGGCGUCUACUGUCUCGAUCCAGUGCUCUUUAGCACCUCGUACCGGCACCAGUGCGACGCCCAUACGUCGGCUAAUGUCCUCAGCACGGAGCAGCUCUGCCUCAAUUUGCACAACACGCGGGAUCCUCGCUUUCCGCUGCACUUGGCGAUCGUCGAAGGCGACCUGGCAGCGACCAAAAGCAUCCUGCGCUGCCGCCCCGACCUCGCGUACCAAGAGGCCAUCGAUGCGGCAAUUCAACACGACCAUCUUGACAUCGCCACGUACCUCUUGGAGCAGCGGGUGACGCAUGUGCCAGAGCUCAACCGCAACUUCGACGACGAGUAUCAUGGCCAGCCGUCGCGGCUCCUCGACGAUUGGCUACCCUCUAGCCACUCGACCCUCUACAAGAACGAUGUGUCCAUUUUGGCGUUGCUCUGGGCCCAUCGUCAACGCGACUGGGACAGCAACGACCUUGUCUUCGCAGCACUCGAAGCCGACGCGCUCGAAGCACUUGGGUUCUUGAUCGCGCAUCUGCCACCGUCGGGGCUACACGGCGCCUUGGAUCCGGUGGCCGGGCAAGGUCAUUUGCCUCUGGUCAAGGCUUUGCAUGCCCGGGAAUCCUUCUGCACAACCGAGGCAAUGGACUGGGCUGCCGCCAACGGUCAUCUCGACGUCGUCACCUUCUUGCACGAGAAGAGAAGCGAAGGAUGUACGACCAAGGCAAUGAACCGGGCCGCGGCCAACGGUCAUCUCGAUGUCGUCACCUUCUUGCACGAGAAGAGAAGCGAAGGCUGUACGACCAAGGCAAUGAACCGGGCCGCGGCCAACGGUCAUCUCGAUGUCGUCACCUUCUUGCACGAGAAGAGAACCGAGGGCUGCACGAUGGCAGCGCUCAGCGGUGCGACGGUCGAGGGGCACCUUGAUGUCGUUCUGUUUCUAGUGGAGCACCGUGACGACGGCGCGUCGCAUGGCAUUCUGGACUCGGCGGCCGCCGACGGCUAUCUGGACCUGGUUACCUAUCUGAACGAGCUCGGUCGUUUUCCGUGCACGACCUCCGCCGUCGACGAAGCCGCGAAGAACGGGCACCUCGACGUCGUGGACUACCUCUUGACGAAUCGACGCGAAGGUGGAAGCCGAGACGAUGCCGUGCGAGGAGCUCUUGAUAACGGUCACAUUGAGAUCGUCCAGCGCCUUGUCGCGGCGGGAUACUCCCUUCCGACAACCAGUGGCAUCCUGAACGCGUUACGCAAGCCACGUGCCCUCGAGGUCAUGCAGUACUACGUCGCACAAGGUAUCGAACUGUCAUCCUCUUGGGCAAGAGAUGUGCCACAAUACAGCAACAACGACAUUGCUCAGUUUUACUUUCAACAUGCACCAGCGGCAGUCAAGAUUGCUGCCCCAAGUAUCCUUUUCCAGUACUAUGGCCUGCGUGAAAUCCAAACAGCCCUCUCUAACGAAGACUUCGACUUGGUAUCGGACCUCCGGACGCGCCAGCCGGAGCUCCGUCACGACCACUUGCUCGAGGUCGUCGUGAGCAAGAACCAGUCGCCCAAAGCCCUUGCGUUCCUUCUUGAUGCAGGCGUCGGUCAACCACGAAGUGUCGCUGUGAAGCACAUCCAUCGCCGGAGCUUCGAAAUGAUGACCAUUCUUCUGCCGUACUGUCUGCACCCAAACGAUCCGGUCGAGAACCUCGUCUUCCUCGUCGAGUGGGUCGAGAAGCAGUCCAGCUCUUUUACCAAGUCAUUCCUGGUUUUUCUCAAAGCCGAGAUAAUUGCCCAAGCAACGGCGGCCAACUGCCGUAGCAUCCACGCCGGCACCGAGAUCGAGGCGCUUACGGAAGCCCUUCUGGAGCGCGGCGCGACCACUUCGUACCGUCAACCAGAGUUUCGGGGCAUGAAGCAACGGGUGCUCUUCAAGUCCGGCGUUGCCGACUGGGGCCUUGCGACGCUCUUUGUGCAUUUCUUCUCGGUUGAUGCGAUCAAGCACGCGGACAAGUUGCUUACGUGGCUCAAGAGGGUGACCGACGUGCAUCUCAAAGCGCAUCUGCAGCACCUGUUUGCGAUGGCGCCCGACGCUCUCGUCGCUGCCCAAGCCACCCUUGAAGCCGCCAAGUGGGCGAUGUCUUGCGAUUACUAA